UUUUUUUUUAUAUUUCUUGUUAUUUUUCCAGAUCGCCUGUUUGACAGGUCAGCGGAGCUGAACUGUCACCAUGGACGGAGCCACGCCCUCAUUUGUGUUCUCCACCUAUCAGCUUCUUUUCCUUACAACCAUCAUCUCAUCUGAAAUCCUUCAUUCAGCAGCAGGGGGCUCCACUGCCCCCAAGUCCAACGCCACACUCACCAACCGCACAAAAUGUGGCGGCAGCACCAACUGCAUUGUGGGUGUCAUCCUGCCGCUGUGGGAGCCGGAGAACCCGGCCUUCACCGACCGCCUGGCCAGAGCCACCAUUUACUUUGUGGGUUUGGCCUACAUGUUCCUGGGCGUGUCCAUCAUUGCUGACCGAUUUAUGGCUUCCAUCGAAGUCAUCACCUCCCAGGAGAAACAGAUCACCAUCAAGAAACCAAAUGGAGACAAGAUCACCACCACAGUACGCAUCUGGAAUGAGACUGUGUCCAACCUGACCCUGAUGGCCCUGGGUUCUUCCGCCCCAGAAAUCCUGCUGUCAGUCGUGGAGGUUUGUGGUCAUGACUUUAAUGCCGGUGAACUUGGGCCGAACACAAUUGUAGGAAGUGCUGCUUUCAACAUGUUUGUGAUCAUCGGCCUCUGUGUCUCUGUCAUUCCUGAAGGAGAGACCAGGAAGGUGAAGCACCUCCGGGUGUUUUUUGUCACGGCCACCUGGAGCGUGUUCGCGUACACCUCUUACCUGAUCUUGGCUGUCUUUUCUCCAGGGAUUGUGGAGAUAUGGGAGGGGCUUCUUACCCUCUUCUUCUUCCCUCUCUGUGUGGGGUUUGCUUACGUGGCCGACCGCAGACUUCUUUUCUACAAAUAUGUCUACAAACGGUACAGAGCAGGGAAGCAGAAGGGAAUGAUCAUUGAAACCGAGGGGGAGCCGGAUCUUCCCUCAAAGGUCCACGUUGAAAUGGGUGAUAAAAUCUUCAACGCUCUCGAAGAAGACUUCACAGAUGGGGAGGCGGAUUUUUAUGUGAAGGAACUGGAUGAGGAGGAGGCCAGGAAAGAGAUGGCCCUGAUCUUGAAGGAGCUGAAGCAAAAAAACCCAGAGAAGGACACAGAGCAUUUGAUCGAGAUAGCGAAUUAUCAGGUUUUAGCGCACCAACAAAAGAGUCGUGCAUUCUACCGCUGUCAGGCGACACGGAUCAUGACAGGCGCAGGUAACAUCCUGAAGAAGCACGCCGCGGACCAGGCCAAGAGAGCCUUUCAGUUUGACCUCUGCCUGGAGGUCUCAGAGAGUGACUUUUCCUCCAAGGUUUUCUUCGAUCCUGGUACCUACCAGUGCCUGGAGAACUGUGGCAGCGUGGCUUUGAAUGUGGUGCGUCGUGGGGGAGACCUAAUGAGGACCAUUUCAGUGGACUACCAGACUGAAGACGGCACUGCAAACGCCGGCUCAGAUUACCAGUUUAGCCAGGGUAUGCUGGUGUUCAAACCAGGGGAGGCAGAAAAGGAGAUCCGCAUCCCCAUUAUUGAUGACGACAUCUUUGAGGAGGAUGAGCAUUUCCUGGUUCAUCUUAGCAAUGUGAAGGUCAUAUGUGAGGACACUGAUUUGGAUGACCACAGGGAGAACCGUGUGGACACUCUUGCCGGCUUAGGCCUCCCAUGCACAGCUACGGUGACGAUCUUCGAUGACGACCACGCGGGGAUCUUUACUUUUGAGGAGCCGGUGGUGACUGUGAGUGAGAGCAUCGGGAUGAUGGAGGUCAAGGUGAUCCGGACUGCUGGAGCCCGUGGCGUUGUGGUGGUGCCGUACAAAACCCUGGAGGGCACGGCUAAAGGAGGUGGAGAGGACUUUGAGGACACACAUGGAGUCCUGGAGUUUGAGAACGAUGAGAUCUCCAAAAUGAUACAGAUCAAUAUAAUCGAUGAUGAAGCGUAUGAAAAAAACAAGAACCUCUUCUUAGAGAUCGGAGAGCCUCGGCUCCUGGAGAUGAGUGAGCGAAAAGCUGUGUUGCUUCAGGAGCUCGGUGGAUUUGUCAAAACAGACAAACAGCUGUAUGGUAAGGACAUCUACAGGAAAGUCCAGGGCAGAGAAAACCAUGUCGCCUCCUCCAUCAUAAACAUCACAGAAGAAGGGGGUGAAACUCUUUUAACAACAAAGGAGGAGGAGGAGCGGCGGAUCGCUGAGAUGGGAAAGCCGAUGCUGGGCGAGCACAUCAAACUGGAGGUCGUCAUCGAGGAGUCGUAUGAGUUCAAGAAUGCAGUGGACAAACUCAUUAAGACGACCAACCUGGCAUUGCUAAUUGGGACAAACAGCUGGCGAGAACAGUUUGUUGAAGCUAUGACAGUCAGCUCAGGAGGGGAUGAUGAGGACGAGUACGGCGAGGAGAAGGUGCCAUCCUGUUUUGACUACGUCAUGCACUUCCUCACCAUCUUCUGGAAGCUUCUGUUUGCGUUUGUUCCCCCCACGGACUACUGGAACGGCUGGGCCUGCUUUGUCGUGUCCAUCUUAGUCAUCGGCAUCCUGACGGCGGUGAUCGGAGACCUGGCCUCACAUUUCGGCUGCACCGUUGGGCUUAAAGACUCUGUCACGGCCGUGGUGUUCGUGGCCUUGGGCACAUCAGUACCAGACACCUUCGCCAGUAAGGUGGCAGCGAUCCAGGACCAGUACGCUGACGCAUCUAUUGGCAAUGUGACAGGAAGUAACGCCGUCAACGUAUUCCUGGGAAUCGGUGUCGCCUGGUCCAUCGCUGCCAUCUACCACUAUUCCAACGACCAAGAGUUCAAGGUGGACCCGGGCACGCUCGCCUUCUCCGUCACGCUCUUCACUAUAUUUGCCUUCAUUUGCAUAGCAGUCCUUAUUUACAGACGCCGUCCUGAGAUUGGUGGGGAACUCGGUGGACCCAAAAUCCCCAAGAUCCUGACCACCUGCCUGUUUUUCAGCCUUUGGUUAAUGUACAUUGUCUUCUCCUCGUUGGAGGCCUACUGCCACAUCAAGGGCUUCUAAAGGCCUGGAAUGGUCCUGACAAGUUCCUGUGGAUUCCAGAAGGGUUCUGAUUGAACUCUCAAGGUUCUGGCAGGUUCAUAGACUUCUGUUUGUUAUCUGCAAGUUUGGAUGAACAUGGAAAUGUUGUACCAGUUCCUUGUGGAGUCUGG